GGUGGCUCCGGGCACCGAGGGCGGGUAGGAGGUGGCGUCUCCCAAGAUGGCGGCGGCGGCGCGGGCGAGACAGCUGUUAGGGCAGUGAGUGGGCGGCAGCGCUAGCGAGCGCGCGCCCGAACGAGCGCGCGCCCGAGAGGAGAGCCGAAGGUGUUGAGCUUCUUAAAAACUGGUUUUGGAACUGAUAAAGGCAUCAAGUUAAAAAUGGUAGUGUUCAAUAACUUGAAGGUACUUCCAUACAAGCUGUUAUGGAAAAUGACCCAGAAUCCACGAUCUGUUCCAGUGAGACCUUGCAGCUUGUAUACCUGCACAUACAAAUCCAGGAAUCGGGCCAUACAUCCGCUCUGGCAAAGCCUGAACAUGGCACCUGAAGGUGAUCGACAAUCACCAAUCAAUAUCCGAUGGAGAGAUAGUGUUUAUGACCCUCAACUAAAGCCCUUAAAGAUUUUUUAUGAUCCAAGUACAUGUCUUCAUCUCUGGAAUAAUGGGUAUUCUUUCCUAGUGGAGUUUGAGGAUUCUACAGAUAAAUCCGUGAUCAGGGGAGGACCUUUGGAAAAUAAUUAUCGGUUAAAGCAGUUCCAUUUUCACUGGGGAGCAAUAAAUGACUGGGGUUCAGAACAUACUAUUGACAGUAAAUGUUAUCCAGCCGAGCUACAUUUAGUACACUGGAAUGCAGUCAAAUAUGAAAGUUUUGACGAUGCUGCAAUGGAGGAAAAUGGAUUGGCUGUGAUAGGAGUAUUUUUGAAGCUAGGUGUACAUCAUAAAGAACUACAGAAAUUAGUGGAUGCUUUGCCAGCAAUCAAACAUAAGGAUUCGCUUGCUGAAUUUGGAACAUUUGAUCCUGCCUGUCUUAUGCCAACCUGCCCAGAUUUUUGGACCUAUUCAGGGUCUUUGACCACUCCACCACUUUCAGAAUCUGUCACCUGGAUCAUUAAGAAACAGCCGAUUGAGGUCGAUCAUAAUCAGCUGGAGGCAUUUCGGAUGCUGCUUUUUACUUCAGUUGGGGAGAAAGAAAAGAGGAUGGUUGACAACUUUCGUCCACUUCAGCCACUGAUGAAUCGAACAGUCCGUUCCUCUUUUCAUCAUGAUCAUAUAUUGAAUCUGCAGAAGGGAGGCAAACAACAAACACACCAUGUUACUCCAUAAAGAGAUAGCAAGAUAAAAUCUUAUUUCAGUAUGUAAUUUACUUCUGGGCUUUUGUCAUAACUUUGAAGGGAUUUUGGCUUUUCUUUUUAGGACAUAUCUCAAUGUAUAUUACUUAUAUUUUAAAGGAUUAUUAGCAAUAAACUAUUAGAGAGGAUUAAACAUAAACAUUAAGGUCCAGAAUAUGAAAGUGCCUUCUUCAGGUAUUUUGCCUGUAACUUGGUUAAACUUUCUCAGAGAUUUUUACUACUUUAUUUGUAUACAUUUAUCCACAGAUUAAAAAGAAAAGUAGGUUCUCAACUAAGCAUGUGAAGGUCAUUUAAUCAACUUUAAAAACAUUGCAAAAGUGAUGUUUGUGACUAUGAAAGAUCAAGCCUCGUAAAAAAUGGAAAAAUGUAUGUUAUAGACAAGUUGAUUUUUGCAUACUGAAUAGAUGGGAAACUGACCUUUAUGAAAAGAGAAAAGAUUGCAAUUUUUAAUGAGAAUUUUGUAGGUCAUAUUAUUGUUAUUAACUUAUAAUAGGGUAUAUUAGCUACUUUCCACACAGCAGCAAAAGAAAUAGAGUAGAAAAUUAGCGUAAUGUCAUACAGUCUACAUUUUGCAUCAGUGAGGGUCUGGCAAAUCAGUCUUUCUCAAGUUACAUAAUGAAUUUUAAGAUCUUUCGAUGACAGGUGGAAAGCAUUUUAAACUGGGUCAUAAUUAAACAAUUUGGUAUGCAGUGAUUCACACUCCAGAGACACUUGAAAUAAUAAAUUCUAAUUGAAUCGCUAUUUUAUAAGUUUUUAAUGGUAGAGUUUCAAUUUUUCCACUUAUUUGUUUAUGGAUUUCCAAAAUUGUUAUUUAGCAUUCUUUUUACCAUUCUCUUUUUCUCAUUUAAAUUCUGCCUUUUCUUGGUGGAAAAUCAAAGGGGUUUUACUCUUUUAUACUAGGAGUCUGAUGCUAACAUCCUACCUUAAAAUAAGUAUUAUUCUGAACUAUUUUUUGUAUAACAAUAAGACAUCAUUUUAUUGUAUUCCAUAUGCUUUAAUUAUGACUUGAGUUCCACAAAAUUGGUGAGAAAAAGUGAUUACGAAUUCUUAGAACAUUUCCAGGUGUCAUUGAGGAAUAAUUUUCACUGAAUAUUAAAAACAAAUAAAUACUUUAUAUUGCCAAUGAUAAUAGAGUAGAGGAAGAGUAUGCUGUAAUUUAUUCUGCUUAAAAUGACUAAAUUUCAGCAAAUUCGGUUGUAAUAGGUGGUCACAGUAACCUAAAUAUUCAGAUUUUAGAUGUAGGUAAUACAACUGAAGAAUUAUUUUCCUACUUCUAGUUUAAUUAUAGUUUCCCUUUAGGUCAUGAUUAGAAAAAAAUUUAUUAUGCAUGUUAUUUAUAACUGUUUUCAUGCACAGUUUUUCCACCCCAACACUUGUCCCCAAACAAGGGGACUUCAGUAGUGUACAUAUUGAUACUCCCCAAAUGCCUUAAUUUCCUAGUUCUUUAGGCUACUUAUUUCCUAUGACCUACUCCUACUCAAUUACCCAUAGAGGGUCAUGCCAUCAUCUUGCCAUCAUCAACAAUUUUCUUCCAUUUUCAUGAAUUCUAAAAUUCCUUUAUCUUAUUCCAUUUUUCCAUUAUUUCUCCUGGCCAGUAACCCCAUUCUUCAUCCUCACCAUUUUUUCCAUGCUUUCUAUCCUUUAGUUCUUUACUAGCUCAUUUUCCCUGCCCUGGCUAUAUCAUUCUUCUUUCCCUAUGUCCCUACUCUCCAUAACAGCUUUUCCAAACCUUCUUUCUAAUACAGCUUCCUUCUCAGCUGAGGAUGUUGACUUUUUUAUCACUGGAAAAAAAUUGAAGCCAUUCACCAAGAGCUCUGUUUUCCCUCCUUCCUCUUCAUAUCAAGCAUACACUUCUCACUAAUUCCUCUUUUAUUCUGGUCUCAGAUGAGGGUGGUGGCCCCUCUUCUUGACAAAUGCCCUCCACAUGCACUCUUAAUCACAUUCCCCUCCCAUCUUCUUUCCUUUUUGGCUAAACUCCUUGAGAAAUCCAUCUGCAAUAGGUGACUCCAAUUCCUCUCCUCGAAUUUUUUCCUAAACCCUCUGUCCUCUGACUUAUCUUCAACUUCCUUUUGGUCAUCUCAAACCGGAGGUCGGAUAGGCAUUUCAUACUUCUGAGAGAGGUCAUCAUCUUUCCUCCCAGACUUUUCUCUCUUCUGAAUGUCCUUAUUACUGUGGAGGGUAUCACCUUCUUCCCAGUCAUCAAGGUUUAAAACUUCAGUGUAAUCCUUGACCCUUCACUCCCAUUUACUCCACAUAUGGAAUAUGUUGUCAGAUAUUGUUACUACCUUCACAACAUGUUCUAUACAUUUCCUUUUCUCUGCUCACACAGCUAUCACCUUGGUUCAGGUUCUCAUCUCUGCUCAAGUAGACUACCACAGUAGCUUUGUAAUUAUUCUCCCUGCCUCAAAUCUCUUCCCAUUCCAAUAUAUGAUACCCAAAUGACUUUUCUAAAGCACUACCCAUGUCACCUACCUGCCCAGUAAACUCCAGUGGUCCCCUAUAGCCACUGGGAUCUUCCUAUAGUCCUUUGUUUGACAUUUAAUGCUCUUCAGAACUUGGCCUCUUCUUACAUUUCUAUACUUACACCUUGCUGCUCUCCAUGUCCUCCAUGAUCCAGCUACAUUAUCCAUUUGCUGUUCUUUGCAUGUGACGCUCCACCUGCCAUCUCUGCAUCUUUACACUGGCUAACCCUCAUGCUUGGAUUGCUCUUCCUCUUCACUUCCGUCUCUCAGUCUCCCUGGCUUCCUUUAGGACCAAGCUCAAAUCACCUUGUAUGGAAUUCAUCUCUCCUCCCCUCGACCCCCUCCCCAGGAGCUAGAGUUUUUGAGAUUAUCUUCCACUGACUCUAUCUAUAUUUUUUAUGUACUUAGUUAUGUAUAUGUUAUCUUCUCCAUUAGAAUGUAUGCUCCUUGAGGGCAGGGACUCUUUUUGCCUUUCUUUGUAUCACCAGCAUUUAGCACAGUGUCUGGCACACAGUAAGUGCUUAAUAAAUGAUUGUUGACUGCCUGUAUUAUGUAACCAACUUUUAUUAUGUUAAUUCUUUAAAGUUUAGUGUUUCUGUGGCAGCUUAAAUAUACUUUAAAUGUAAAGUUUGAAUGUAUAUGUAUGCUCUUUUACAGGAAAUAUUUUUGUCUUGAUUUUUUUCAUCUGUGUUAGUGCUUUUUAUACUUACUAUAGGCAACUUAUAUCAGAGAAAAUGAAAUUGCAAAAUAUGGGCAAUUACAAUAAUUUUUAAAGAGGCUAUGUGCAUAAAAAAAAUCUAAAUACUUAUGUUAUUCAGGUAAAUGACCGAGACUUGGAGUUCUUUUAUGGUCCAGAAAUGUUUUUCAAAAAAAAUUUUAAUCAAGAUUUUAUGUAUUUUCAUUUGUACCUUUAUAGAGAAAUAUACUUUACAUAAUAUUUUCUUUAUAUUUCAGCAAUUUUGUUAUAACAAAGGUAGCAGAAAUGUUAAUGAAUUAAAAUAAUGU